AUGGUCAUUCUGUCUUGCUUCUUUUUUUAUUUGGUAAUUUGUUUUGGUCAUUACCAUUUUCUGUGUGUCUCAUUUUUUUUUUUUCUUCUUGCCAUUUUUCUUCUUUGUUUCUCUCUUUUAUUCUUUUUCUGGUCAUUGCUAUUCUCCAUUUCUCUCUUUUUUUCUUUUAAUUUUUUUAUCUUGUGGUCAUUUUCAUUCUCUAUGAUUCUCUUUAAUUCUUUUUUCAUUCCUUUGUUUUUUUUUCUUUUACUAUUGAUAAUUUUCAUUCUCUGUUUCAUUCUCUUUUUUUCUAUUUUUUUCCUUUUUCAUUCUCUGUUUAUUAAUUUUUUUCCUUUGGUUAUUUUCAUUCCCUGUUUCUCUAUUUUUCUCUUGGUCAUUUUUUAUUCUCUGUUUUUUAUAUUUUUUUUCUUUUGGUCAUUUUCAUUCUUUGUUUCUCUUCUCUAUUUUCCUUUUCUUUUUCCUUUUCUGUUUCUCUAUUUCUUCUCUUGGUCAUUUUCAUUCUCUGUUUUCAUAUUUUUUUCUUUUGAUCACGUUCAUUUUCUGUUUUUCUAUUUUUUUCUCUUGGUCAUUUUCAUUCUCUGUUUUUUUUUUCAUUUUCUUCUUUUGUUUAUUUUCAUUCUCUGUUUCUCUAUUUUUCAUAUUUUUGUGGUCAUUUUUACUCUAUUUCUCUUCAGUUCUCAUUUUUUUUUUCUCUGGUCAUUUUCAUUCUCUGUUUCGUCUUUUUUCUUCCUUUUUCUCUUAUACAUUUUGUUAUUCUUUUUGGUUCAUUUUUGGACAUCCUUUGCUUUUUUUUGGUGGAUGGGGGAUAUUUCCAGCCAUUUUUGUGGGUAG